AUGUCGUUCACUCAAACCGAAGUCGCUCAUCCCCUCCUUUCCGAAGGCGUUAUCCGUCUUCAGAAUGAGAUGCACGACCACGUCAAUACGCACCCCGAGAUCCAGGAGAAGUUCACGAAGGGCUUGCAAGAAGCGAGCGAGAAGGUCGUGCAUGACGUUCGAGGGCUCAGCAAAUCCAUUCGCGAGAUCCAAGGUGCAUUUUGUGGUAUCAGCAAAGCACUCCACAAGUUCGACGACGAGACCGAUCUUGGUGAGAGUGACGGCCCUUCGCCUCUUAGGCAACGAUGGGAUGGACUACAUGAGGAAUUCGACAUCCUCCUCGAAAAUAGUCGCAAGAACGCUGCUGAUGCGAUAACCGUCCUAGAUACUUACAACAACGUACUCUUCCCGGGAGGUGGCCCGCUGGACCCGACUCAAUACGAUUCCAUCAAGGUAGAAAUUCAGGGGCUCAUCGAGGACGUCGGCAAUGACGGCGACAAAGCGGCGGUCAUAGAGAAGGGGUUCACGGCAUUGGCCCGCAAGAUACGCCAAUUCGAGGACACCGUCGAGGAUACUGUAAUGACGCGAGGUGAAGCUGUCGCCGUGUUGCUGCAGAAUACGCGCGAGGAACUCGCCUCUCUCCGUGUCAAGCUCGCAGCGGUUAAGUCGGAGAUGACGGACAUAGGCCUGGCAUGUGUCGCCUGCCUGUCGGCCGGUGCCAUUUCCGCUGCGUUCCUGUUCUGCGCGCUCUCCCCCACGGCAAUCCAGGCCCUAGUCACCUCCGUCCUUGGUGCUGUUAUCGCCGCGAAGGAGUUUAGGAACAAGUAUAAGGAAUGCAAUGAACUCAAGUCGAGCAUUGAAGAAUGCAAGCUGCGUAUCGCCGAGGAGUGGCAGAAGGACGAGCUCCUCAAACAGUACCACGACGAGCUUGCGAAGUCGAAAUCCGACAUCGAAGAUCUCUGCUUGAAGAUCGACAGCAUCGCGGGCAUCUGGUACUACCUCAAAUCCGACUUUAUUCUCCUGCACUCGCAGCUGUCCAAGGCAGCGGGCCCUGAAAAACCGAUGACAAGGUUCUUCGGGGCGAAGAUCGGGAGGUCCCGCGAACUCUAUGUGAAGCUGCAGUAUCUCCUGGAAGAAUACGUUAGAGGCGUCUCGGUGGCUGAUGAAGCCGUGGCUUAG